UCUUCCUCCCUGCGCAAUGAUGUUGGAAGAUUCACAAGAACCAGACGUCUCAUUCUGUGUGGAUCAAGAACCAGCGGUAAUCCAAUGUUCGCAAGGCCACAGAACCACGCUCUGUCUCCGGACCCAACAAGGCGGCUCAAUCUGCCUCCUCUGCUUCUCCAACCUCAUCUCCAACCCAUGCGCUCCUACCCUCCACGUCUCCUACGCUCUCUCCCAACUCUCCCACGCUCUCUCCCAACCUCUUUUUCUCAACUCCCUCCUUUCCUUCCAUCCUCACUUCCUUAUCUCCCCUCUCCUCCACGCCCUCUCUUCCUUCGACGACGAUCCCAUCGCUCAACAACUCAUCGAUAUAAUCACCGCCCUUUGCGCGUCUGCUAAUGCCUCUGUGACUGCCGAUUUCGUCACGCAAGUGGCCGAACAACUAUCUUCUGGCACGUUGGCGUGGAGCCGGAGGCAGCUUUAUCUGCUUCACUGCUUAGGGGUUCUCUUGAACUGUCAAGCAGCUGAACCCUGUAUGCACAUCAGAGACAAAGUCGCUUUAGUAUCCAAUUUGGUGGCAGGUCUUCAAUUGCCAAGUGAUGAAAUCCGAGGGGAGAUUCUUUUUGUUCUGUACCAGCUAUCCCUUCAUGCAUAUACAUCUAAAGAUUGUGUAGGAGCAGAUGUUCUUCAGGCUUUUUGUCCUAGUCUGUUGCGUCUGUCAAUGGAAGCCCUUCUGAAAACCCAAAGAGAUGAUGUACGAUUGAAUGGUGUAGCUUUUUUAAUGCUCUUAGCACAAAAUGGAUUGUUUGGAAAUGGACAUGGUAAUGAAAUAAGCAGUAUGAGGUCCGAUGAAGCAGACAACUUCAUUCAAACAACAGAAGAUGGACUAGAUGAACCCCCAUUGAGUUUAUUGUUUGCUGAGGCCAUCAAAGGCCCCCUGCUUUCAUCAGACAGCCAAGUGCAAAUCAGCACACUGCUCCUCAUUUUCCACUACCUGUCAUGUGGGGAUGCUUCUGCCAAACAGAUUCAGAUUUUGGUAGAAGAAAAUAUUGUGGAUUAUUUGUUUGAGAUAUUAAGAUUAUCAGAAUGUAAGGAUCCAGUGGUCUACUCUUGUCUGAAGGUUCUAAAUCUCUUUCCAAGUACUGAGCAGGCCUUCAGACAAAGGCUUGUUAUUGGUUUUCCAACUCUGAUUCCAGUGCUCCGUUUUGUGGCUGAAGUUCCUUUCCACCCUGCUCAAACUCACACACUAAAGCUCAUACAGAACUGUGUCUCUGAUUGCCCUGGAAUAGCAUCAACCUCUAACAUUGAAGAAUUAGCUCUUAUUUUGUCAAGGAUGCUUGAAAGGCAUAGAGGUGGAGAAAUUGGCAUGAACCCAGAGACAUUCCUAUUGGUUUGUUCUAUUUUUGUAGUUCUUUUGAGAAUCCCAUCUUCUCAAGGGGCUUCAAGUCUGGCAGCAUUACUUCAGGAAUCAUUAAAACAUGCUGUUUUAACUAGUCUUGAGAAAGAUCCAGGUCAACUCUUGCAUUCUUUAUACCUUCUUAAAGAAGCAUAUUCAUACACUAAUGAAGAGUUCACUGCAAACAAGUCUAGCCACUUGGAACUGCGAAAUUAUACUGUGGACUUAUGUACAUCACAUAUAUUACCUUGGUUUGCCAUGGCUAUUAAUGAAAUUGAUGAGGACACUGUCCUGGGGGUAUUAGAAACAUUCCAUUUUAUACUGCUUCAGAAUCCUGACACCGAAGCAACAGAACUUGCCAAAGUCCUAUUUUCAUCCUCUUGGUUCAGUUUCUCAUUCGGGUGUCUAGGACUAUUUCCCACCGAAAAGAUGAAGUGGAGAGUAUAUCUAAUGCUCAGUUCCCUUGUGGAUAUUCUUUUGGGAAAUCAAGCCGGACAACCUGUUAGAAAUGCUGCUUUAUUUCUUCCAUCUGAUCCUAUUGACUUGCUAUUUCUACUUGGGCAGAAGAACUCCCAUGAUUUAGAUUUGUCUUCUUGUCAAGCUGCAAUUUUGCUGCUUCUACAUGUCAGUUGCCUACAUGAUGACAGGCUUGCAGGUGAGCGGUCGAUUUUAGCUUCUCUGGAGCAAUAUAUUCUUGUUAACAGUGGAGAUAUCUUCUCUGGGGGCAUUGAUUCAUUGACAAUGAUGCAAGUGUUGAAUCUUUAUGGCCUAUGUAGAGGUCUUGCAAAAGUGAACUACGAAGUCUCUCACAGCCCGGAAGCUGAGAGGAUCUUGUUCCAUAUACUGACUGAAAGUGAAUGGGAUUUGCCUUCUGCAAUGAUUCACCCAGUGGCAGUGAGAUGGUUGUUUCAGCAAGAGAAAAUCUGCAAGCCAUUAUCUUACCAACUUCUAAAAUUCUGCAGAAGAAAUUGCUCAGAUGGGAACCAAAUUAUCAUCCAUGGGGAUAAAAGUCAUAUUAUGGAUGUACAAGUAAUUGCAGAGUUGGUUGUGACAGGAGAUAACUAUGCUGCAAAACUAUUGAUGUGUUUAUUGGUACAGCUUUCUGAGGAAGGAGCCCAAAAGCAUGACAUAGUAGCAGUAGUAAAUCUUAUAGCAACAGUCAUUAACAUCUUUCCAGCUGCCUCAGACCAACUAUGCUUGCAUGGCAUAGGCAAUGCAAUCCUAACGGUAGUUUAUUAUAAUUCAAGACAUUCUUCUUCCUCAGAGUUUCUUGUGGCCAUCUUACUUCUGAUAUGUAAUAUUUUAAGUUCAGUGCACCCUGAAAAACUUUCUGAUGGCGAAUCUUGGCUUGCAUUGUCUACAAAGUUGAUAGACAGCUUAAUUCCUGCAGUUAAAAAGCAUGGCUGGAAUCAGGAAGGUUUGCUGUUAGUGGGCAUUCUCUCCUUGAUUUUGCAUCAUUCUUCCAACAAAGUACUCAUUGAAGCUUCAAAAAGCAUAAUUUGUAAUGCUUCCUUGAUCUCUACAAUCAACAGCACAGUCCAGGCUGUCUCUGGGAGGGGGCCUGCUCUAAUCGAGUAUGAUGAAGGAACAAGCUCUGGGGAAAAUCUAAUAUUUUUGCUUUUGUUAUACUACUUCUCUUUAAGAUGCUUACGUGCUGUUCUACCAGAGGUUCUGGACUGGCAAACUUUCCUCAAUUCACCAAAUAUGAUGCAGCCUCUUUCUACAAUCAACAUUCACUGGCACGAUUUGUGCAGGCUGAUGCAUUUCGGGUCUCCAAUGGUCAAGCUUGUUGCUUCAUCUUGCCUGCUAGAGCUUUUUUCCGGAAUAUCAUAUCAGAAAAAAAGGAAACAUGAGGAGUUACAAUGCUUCAUGGGUCAACUAAUGUCCAUAAUGACUGUCUUAGAAGGUCUGGUAUUUUAUGAUGACAUUAGGGUGGCAAUGAACUGUUGCCUCUGCUUAUCAAUAAUUUUAGGGUGGGAAGAGCUGGACAUGCAGGAAUCAGGAAUUGCGAGAAGUAAUUGGUACAGGCUAAUUGUGGAGGAAAUGGUAAUGACUAUGGCAGUUCCAUGCUUAGCAUCAACAUCAUUCAUUAAUUAUCACAAGCCAGCCGUUCAUGUAACUGUUGCAUUGCUAAAACUUCAGAAGGUUCCGGGGUGGAUGAGAACUGUGUUUGAUGACCUUUCCAUAUCUUGUAUAAUUGAUAACCUUAAAAUGGACGUCAGCCCUGAGAUGGUGCUUUUAUUUCGAGCUCUCCUGAAUUCUGGAUUCUUGAAGGCAGAGCACAUAGCCAGUCUUAAUCAUGCGCUCCAGGCAUGCAGAAAACGUAUGUACAACAACACUGAAGAACAUCUCAUGGACAAGCAUGUUCAGAAGAUUGUCUCCUCAUCAGAUGAUUUGGGAGAAGUUUGUGAGUAUCUCAUUCACUUGAUGAUGUCUCAGUCAUCUUCAGACGCCAAUUCUGGGAACAAAAGACUGUUUGAAGAAAUAGAAAUGUUUUUCAGCACUUCAACAGUAGAAGGUAAUAGCUGAGCUUUAACAAAGUCAACAGUCUUCCUUGGAUGUAAAUAUUUUUUGGGCCUCUUAUCUGAGGUACUAAUAGCUAACAUAGCUGAGUGCUUUUGAAGGAUAAGCACCCUAGAGAAAUACCAAAAGGAAAUAUAAAAGUAGUAUUGUCUUCAACAUUGGUGUGUAUAAUGUAGGAAAAUCAAAGUUCUGCUUAUAUUUACAAGUUACUAGUUCACUACACUUCAACAACUGAAAUAGCUUAGAAAUCAAAUUGGGUGGAUCUUUGCGCUAAUAACUCUUUUCCAGUCCAUCAACCGCCUACUGCAACUCUGAAUGUCAUUACCUUGGCUUGCUUGCCAAUGAACUGCAGUUGGACUUGAACUUGAUACUCAAGAGUAGGAAACAAUUUAUCAUGGGAAGAAUAAUGAGUCUAUGGCUUGAGGUGGUUUGUUCUGGUGAAGUAGCCUCACCAGUGCACUCAACUCUGCAAGAUUACCAGGAUCUACACAAUUGGCAUCUCACCUCUGCAUAUUACAGGCACAUUAUGCCUAAUCCUUGUAUUUACCCCUUAUGACAGUGUCCACGGGAUAUAAAGAAAAACAUCAUUUUGUUUCUCCUUUUAAAUGUAAUUGUGCAGAACUAAUGUUUCCUAAUACAAUGGCUUGUAUCUUAGAAUGUUGCUACAUUUGUUAA